AUGACAUCUCUCCAUCUCUUCCUCCUCCUCAGGUUCUUUCGUGGCGAGUACACAGUGGAGGUUGCGAUCAACGACUACCUGGACAUCUACUGCCCGCACUACGAGGUGCCGGAGUCGUCGGAGCGCAUGGAGCACUACAUCCUGUACAUGGUGAACUACGACGGGUACACCACCUGCGACCACCACAGGAAGGGCUUCAAACGCUGGGAGUGUAACCGCCCACUCAGCCCCAACGGACCGCUCAAGUUCUCCGAGAAGUUCCAGCUGUUCACGCCGUUCAGCCUGGGCUUCGAGUUCAGGCCGGGACACGAGUACUACUACAUCUGUGAGUACUUUCAGAGAGUAAUACUACAUCUGUGAGUACUUUUAGAGAGUACUACUACACCUGAGAGUACUUUUAGAGAGUACUACUACAUCUGUGAGUACUUUCAGAGAGUACUACUACAUCUGAGAGUACUAAUACAGAGUACUACUACAUCUGUGAGUACUUUUAAAGAGUACUACUACAUCUGUGAGUACUAUUAGAGAGUACUACUACAUCUGUGAGUACUAAUACAGAGUACUACUACAUCUGUGAGUACUUUUAGAGAGUACUACUACAUCUGUGAGUACUACAUUAGAGUACUACUACAUCUGUGAGUACUUUUAGAGAGUACUACUACAUCUGUGAGUACUUUUAGAGAGUACCACUACGUCUGUGAGUACUACUAUAGAGUACUACUACAUCUGUGAGUACUUUUAGAGAGUACAAAUACAUCUGUGAGUACUACUACAGAGUACUACUACAUCUGUGAGUACUUUCAGAGAGUACUACUACAUCUGUGAGUACUUUUAGAGAGUACUACUACAUCUGUGAGUACGACUGCAGAGUACUACUACAUCUGUGAGUACUUUUAGAGAGUACUACUACAUCUGUGAGUACUACUACAGAGUACUACUACAUCUGUGAGUACUUUUAGAGAGUACUACUACGUCUGUGAGUACUACUAUAGAGUACUACUACAUCUGUGAGUACUUUCAGAGAGUACUAUUACAUCUGUGAGUACUUUUAGAGAGUACUACUACAUCUGUGAGUACGACUGCAGAGUACUACUACAUCUGUGAGUACUUUUAGAGAGUACUACUACACCUGUGAGUACUUUCAGAGAGUACUACUACAUCUGUGAGUACUUUUAGAGAGUACUACUACAUCUGAGAGUACUAAUACAGAGUACUACUACAUCUGUGAGUACUACUACAGAGUACUAUUACAUCUGUGAGUACUUUAAGAGAGUACUACUACAUCUGUGAGUACUUUUAGAGAGUACUACUACACCUGUGAGUACUUUUAGAGAGUACUACUACAUCUGAGAGUACUACUACAGAGUACUACUACAUCUGUGAGUACUUUCAGAGAGUACUACUACAUCUGUGAGUACUUUUAGAGAGCACUACUACAUCUGAGAGUACUAAUACAGAGUACUACUACAUCUGUGAGUACUACUACAGAGUACUAUUACAUCUGUGAGUACUUUAAGAGAGUACUACUACAUCUGUGAGUACUGUUAGAGAGUACUACUACAUCUGUGAGUACUUUUAGAGAGUACUACUACAUCUGAGAGUACUUUUAGAGAGUACCACUACAUCUGUGAGUACUACUAUAAAGUACUACUACAUCUGAGAGUACUUUAAGAGAGUACUACUACAUCUGUGAGUACUACUAUAAAGUACUACUACAUCUGAGAGUACUUUUAGAGAGUACUACUACAUCUGUGAGUACUUUUAGCGAGUACUACUACAUCUAUGAGUACUACUAUAGAGUACUACUACAUCUGAGAGUACUUUUAGAGAGUACCACUACAUCUGUGAGUACUACUAUAAAGUACUACUACAUCUGAGAGUACUUUAAGAGAGUACUACUACAUCUAUGAGUACUACUAUAAAGUACUACUACAUCUGAGAGUACUUUUAGAGAGUACUACUACAUCUGUGAGUACUUUAAGAGAGUACUACUACAUCUGUGAGUACAACUGCAGAGUACUACUACAUCUGUGAGUACUUUUAGAGAGUACUACUACAUAUGUGAGUACAACUGCAGAGUUUUAUUACAUCUGUGAGUACUUUUAGAGAGUACUACUACAUCUGAGAGUACUAUUAGAGAGUACUACUACAUCUGAGAGUACUAUUAGAGAGUACUACUACAUCUGUGAGUACUAUCAGAGAGUACUACUACAUCUUUGAGUACUUUUAGAAAGUACUAAUACAUCUGAAUGUACCUUUUGAGAGUACUACUACAUCUGUGAGUACUGUUAGAGAGUACUACUACAUCUGUGAGUACUUUUAGAGAGUACUACUACAUCUGUGAGUACUACUACAGAGUACUACUACAUCUGUGAGUACUGUUAGAGAGUACAAAUACAUCUGUACAUCUGUAAUACAUCUACAUUUUUAUAGGUAUAGAUGCAGAUUACAUAGAUAGAUAGAUAGAUAGAUAGAUAGAUAGAUGUGUAACCGUGUCCUCAGGUGUCCUCAGGUGUGCUCAGGUGUGGUCGGUUGUACCUGCCGUUGUUCAGGUGUUUUAUUCACAGAUUCGUUCAUAUUUGAUCUCAGGUGGUUUUGAUUCUCAGGUGUUCAUUCUCACCUGUAUUACCUGUUUUUGAGCUAACUCCAUAUGACCCCACAGGGCCACCGUACAACCGAAACACUCAGUCUGCUGCCAACACACAAAAGAGCUGGAGAGGACGGGUGUGUUAGAGACUGUGUGUGUGUGUGUGUGUGUGUGUGUGUGUGUGUGUGUGUGUUUGUGUGUGUGUGUGUGUGUUUGUGUCAUUUACACAUGAGGUGCUAACAGCUAUCAUUAGCAGCUUUGUGUUGGUCUCCUCCUCACUGGGCAGGAAAAGAGGAACACACUCAGAGAGGCAAUUACACCUCCACCCCCAUCCUCCCCUCCCUCCACCUGUUCAAUCAGCGUCGACCACAUGAACACAUGAACACAUCAACACAUGAACACAUGAAUCAGACAGACUGACGGUCAGAGGACGGAGAUUUCUCUUGGUUUGAGAACAAAUCCUGGACUUGGUUUUCAGGAGCAGAGUCGGGAUCAGACUAACUCCUGCAGCAGGUCUUCAGGGUGUCCCUCUGCUCUGGUCUUUGUUGGGCUGAAGUUGGAAACUUUCUACGGGAAUUAGUGGGUAAAUCUGAAAAAACUGAAGGUUGGCCCUCAACAGGAACUUAAAUCGAGUUGGUGACAAUCGACUUUAUAGAGUCAAGGAAGUUUGGAUAAUAUUAUGGGGUAAAUAGAUCUGAUCUAUAAUAGUAUUAAUAUUUAAAUAAAAAUCUGUGCUACAUGUGAGUUAUUUUUCAUUUCACUGACCAUUUAAGGGUCUGGCUUCUUAUGGUGGGGGUGACGCUGUUUCUUCAGACUCCUGACAGACGGUUUUCUGUGACCAAACAAUCAUUUAUACAUCAAUUAUCAAACAUUUUAAAGAUCAUUCCAGCUGUUUAAAUGACUAUAUUUCUGUUCAAGAUCUUGUUUUAGUGUUUUUACAAGAUUUUAUUCUACAGAGAAACGUCACGUUCACCAUCUGAUGUGUGGAAGAAGUUCAGAGAAGCUCCUGCUGAAGGAGAAAUAUUUACAUUUAUGUUUGGAGAUGAUAGUUUGUUUAAAUGACCCCCAAGUUACAGUUCAGUAAAAGUUUCCAGUUUGGAGUAUUUCCAAAAUUUCCCAGCUUAACUUCCCAUAGAAAGUUUCUGGAAAUUUACCUGAAAUUUUCCUGAAAUUUUCCUGAAAUUUUCCGCCCUUUGCGACCCAAGAUGAAAUCAAUCCACACGGGCUGGUGCCUCAGACACGAAGACAGGGACCUCCAAAACAGAGCCGUACCACCAGGUCUGUCUCCUCUUUGAUGAAGUGGGUCAGACUGGAGUAUUUUAUAGAAAAUACUCGAGUGGUGGAUCAGAAACAUGUGGUCUCAGGUGGAGACCAGGUACCUGAACACUCAGGUGUUCGUUCAAUCAGACGGUGAGAUCAGAGCGGAGGACAGACGGAGGUUUAUCAGCAGAUCAGACGGAGGAGGUUCAGAGCACACACACACACACACACACACACACACACACACACACACAGGGGUGUGUGUGCUGUCAUUAGGUGUGUGUGUGUGUGUGUGUGUGUGUGUGUGUGUGUGUGUGUGUGUGUGUGUGUGUGUGUGUGUGUGUGUGUGUGUGUGUGUUUGUCUAGACAUAAUUUGUCCUCCAACCUGGAAAAAAUUUCCUAAAUUGUGGCUCAUUUGGAGUGAAAGGUUUCCAACAGAGACGCAGGCAGUUUGUUUUAAAUGACACAUAAUGACUGUGUGUGUGUGUGUGUGUGUGUGUGUGUGUGUGUGUGUGUGUGUGUGUGUGUGUGUGUGUGUGUGUGUGUGUGUGUGAUCUGCAGGUCAAACAGCUGCAGGAGGAAACAUCAGAGUUAAACUCGUGUUCACAGACUAAAUCAGGACAUUUAAGAUCUUGUAAAUCCAGUUUCAAGUUAAAAAAAAUAAUAAUAAAAGCGUAAAAAAACAAACCUGGGCGAUCUGUUCAGAGAAAAAUAAUAACAAUAUCAUCAAAUUCAAGAUGUGGUCACAGUGAAAAAAAAAGGAAAAACACUCGUGGAUCUAAAAAAAGUGAAGAAAAAAAAAUGAGAUCUGCAGAUGACAUCAAGAUUUUGAGUUUCUAUAUUUUGGGUUUUUAUUUUUUUCUUCAUUUCAUAUUUUAACUCUCUCUCUAUUUUUCUCAAAUUUUAACUCUGUCUGUUUUUUUUUCCUGCAGCGUCGCCUCAUCCGAACCUGGCCGGGAAACCGUGUCUGAAACUGAAAAUCUACGUCAAGCCAACCAGUGAGCUUCCUCCUCUUCCUCCUCUUCCUCCUCUUCCUCCUCUUCCUCCUUUCUUUCUUCUUCCUCUUUCCGUCCAUCGACUCAGAAACUGAAAUAAAAAAGUUCUUUAAUUUUUUAGAGUUUCUAGUUUAAAGUGUGACUGAAAAAGACGCGACAUUAACCCGAUUUUCCUCUUUUACUGAAGUCCAGAGAUCCUGACAGACACUGAACGUUUAUGUCCUUUCAGAAUAAAACCUGAGAUCAUAAUUAGAGUUAAUUAACUCCGAUUAUGAUCUUUGACAUUAUUCACAGUGGAGUUCAUAACUUUUUCUCUUUUUUCCUGGUGUAUGAUGUUUUAAAAAAAGGACAUUUGAGUGGUGGGAAAAAUCAAUGUAAAAUAGACCCAUAGUUUUGAUAAAGAAGUUAAAAGGUCAGGAAAAAAUUUUUAAAAUUUCUGAUCGUGUUUUCAAAUUUUUCUGUUGUUUUUGGGAGAAAAUUUUUAAUAAGGGGGAAAAAAAGGUACCAGAAGAGGAUGUUAAGAUGAGCUGUUUUAUUUAUAGUCCACCAGAAAAUUAGAAAAAAAGUCUGUUUGACACUUUAAAUUCCCACGUUCGUCUACGGUGGCCCUAAAGGUCAAAGGCAAAAGUGUUUCAGUAAGGUGACAAAGAAACACAAAAACAUAUAACAAAACAAAAAAACGUUUUAAAUGAACGCAAAAUUUAUUUCAGAAAACACAAAUAAAUUAUAAAAACAAAAAAAUGUUUUCCGGAAACAAAAAAAAAGUUACCGUCUGAAAUUUUUGUAUUGCUAAAAUAUUUUUUUUAUUUAAAUUUCCUGAAAUAUCUCACUUUUUUUUUGUUUUCCAUCAUAUUUUGUUUGUUUCGAGAAUUUAUUUUGUUUUCCUGUGAAACAAUUUAAGGUUUGUUAAAAAAAAAAGUAUUUAUGAUUUUUUUCUUUCACUAAAAUGUUUUUUGUUUUAUGAAUUAUACAUUUAUUGCCUCUCUAAAAUAGAAUAAUCAUGCCAUUGACCCUCAGGGCCACCGUAGUACAGCUUUUCUUGUCAGUGACAUAAAUACUUUAUCAGUCAGUUUAUUGAUUUUAAAUUAGUUUCAUCAUUUAUUUCACUUUAUGACAUAAUUGACUCUGAUUACACUAAAAACUUGAUUAUUUCAUUCAUUCAUAAUUUAUUUUGAAUUUUUUUUUUUUUAAAUACUCAUGAGGUCGUCGUGACGAUAAAACAUCAGACAGACCUGAUCUUUAGAUGAGCCUUAUUGUGACGGGACCUCUGCUUUUAUUUUGAAGGAUGAUGGACAUUCAGGUUAACUGCAGUUAUAAAAUGAACACUCAUGGUUAUGUUCAGAGAAGAAUGUGAUUGGUCUACAGAGCUGUCAAUCAGGGUGUUUUUUUAUACUACAUGUCAGAAACAUGUCUUAUCUGUUACUAUGGAGGGGGCGGGGCUUAUGAGCUCUCUCUCUCUCUCUCUCUCUCUCCCAGAUGACUCGGUGUACGAGUCCCCAGAACCCUUCCUGACAGACGACACCACCGGUGGCUGCACCCUCGCUCUGCCCCGCCUCCCCCUGCUGUCCGCCAUGAUGCUCGCCCUCCUCCUCAUCCUCCUCCUGGCUUCCUCAUAG